AAGCAGCUUCGCGAGAGAUGGCCGAGCGCCGAGCCACCCGACUCUGCGCCUUGGCUGCUGACGCUGGCCCGCCCACGUCACAGCCUCCGCACCGCAACCGAGCGCCCUUGAUAGUUUUGAGCGCCCAAGCUAGGCACGGCUGCAUGAAAGGUCGCUCGGACGCUGAGCGUGACCGCGGCCAGCAGGUGCAGCGCCGAGCUCGCCGCCUCCUCUCAUGCUGCUGCCUCAGCUCGGAGGCUCGGAGAGUAACGGCAGCAGCAGCAGCAGCAGCAGGGCCCUCCUGCUGAUCAGCGCCAGAUCACCGCUCACUGUUGCGCUGGCCGCCGCCGGGGGUGGUGCUGCUUUGGCUUGGCCCGCUGGCCGCAACUCUGCGGCGACUAGGCAUGGUCCAACCUUGUCCAACAGCAGGGCGUUACGCCGACGAGAGGUUCGAUUGAGCCGCCUGCACCGCACCCGCACGAAUGCACCACCCACAUGGCGACCACGUCGUGCGGGUGCACGGGCGCUGCGGGAGACAGGCGCACCAAAUGAGCGACCCACACCUGCGGAUGCUGGCGAAAUACUGAUGGCGCUCCACGCUCAUGCGUGACGUUCACCCUCGCCCGAGCGCCGGAUGUGGAGAGAGCAUGAAUGCCCAUCUCGGGGAGAUGUGAUAGGCACGGGCAUGGUCGCGUGCACACGACGUUGCGAGGCGGGCCGCUGCACAGAGCCCGGCGCCUCGAGGUGCGCCAGAAGCUGCGGUGACUUUGAUGAAGAGCGAUCUCACGGCUUGCGUGUCGCGUCACACGACGUCACUCGACUCCUCGGGAAAGCGCUCCUUCGUGUACACUGCAUGCCCAUGCUACCGCGCUACCCGGGGCGCCACGAGCUGGAUGAAGUCCUCGAUCUGCGCGACGUACG